ACACACCUGCUAUUAAUGCCACCUCCCUGCUCGCUCGGUGUCGUUAACACACAGCCCACAAGCGGGGUCUAAUCCCUCCCCACCCAGGUCUGAGAGGCCUCGGUGCUUCCCUUCAGAUAACUCCCCUGGCCGAGGUUUCUGUCUGCAGGUACCUGUCUCCGGCCCACGGAAAUGGGCAGGGGAAAGUCAGGGCUCCAGGAGGGUUAGGAAACAAAGUUCUUCCUCUCUGCACCAUGCGGGCGUCCCACCUGUCUCAGACAGGGCAGCCCUGGGCUUCUGGUCCUGCUGGGCUGGGUGUACGCCAGGUCUUUCAUCAUCUUAGGUUUUUGCAGCAACGUAAGUGGAGACAAGGUCUCGGAUUCAGCACUCCAUGAAAUGGCAGAACGUGCCCUCUCCUUUCCAAGGGUGGUCCACGCGCAGACUGGUGCUUUCUUAGAUGGCACCAACAAUGAUGCUGAGUGUGUGAAUAGCAUAGAUACUUCCCAGAAGCUCUGUCUGAGCUCCUGCAAGAAGCCAAGAGAUGGAGCCCCCUGGCAUGACGCUCAUUGAAGGCUUGGGGGAUGAAGUAACGGUGGUGACUGGCGUGGUGGUUCUUGUCCUGGCUCUGGUUCUGGCGUGGCUUUCCACGUACGUAGCAGAUGGCAGCAACCAGCUUUUGGGAACUAUUGUAGCGACGGGCGAAUCCUCGGUGAUCCAUCUCAGCCACGUCGAACGGUAUGUGGGGAAUUCAGUAACCUCAGAGCCUACUGAGCCCCCGGGGUCGGCUGAUAGUGCAGAAGAAAAGGCUGAAGAGGAAGGGGGUGCUGCAUCCAACUUGGGCCCUGCAGUUGAGCAAGGGGGCAAUGGUAGCACCUCUGACUCCAGCCUUGACCAUCUGCUGAACAUACAAAGCUUGCCCAAAAGGACAUCCUCCAGCGAGUCCAGUGCCCUAGAACAGCCGGGUCAAGAGAGCCAAGGAACCUCGCAAAUGUCACACAUCCGGGAGGAGAGUGAACCAUGCUCCGGGCUCAUCAAAGUGCGUCUCAAGUUCCUCAAUGACACCGAAGAGGUGGCCAUGGUGAGACCGGAGGACACCGUGGGUGUUCUCAAGAGCAAACAUUUCCCAGGACAAGAAAAUCAGAUGAAGUUUAUCUAUCAGGGCCAGCUACUCCAGGACCAGGCACGGACCCUCCGCUCCCUCAAUAUCAUGGACAACUGUGUGAUCCAUUGCCACCUGUCGCAGACCGCCGGCUCCCCCCUUCCCGACUCCGUGGUCACCCCAGCAGAAGCAGCAGGGGUCACGGUGAACAUAGGGAAUCUAAUGCUCCCUGUUUUCGUGGUGAUGCUGGCUGUGAUCUGGUACUGCCGCCUCAACUACCGCCAAUUCUUCACUGCGCCGGCCACGGUCUCCUUGGUUGGGGUGACGGUCUUCUUCAGCUUCCUGGUUUUUGGGAUGUACGGACGAUAAGAGGCAAAGUUGGAGGGGUAGAUUGGAACCCAGCAUUUGUUUUAUAGCUUGUUUUAAAUGUGCUGUGACAAACGGUGUUAGGGAAACUGGCUGGGGGCCCAGGGAACCCCGUGCCGGCUCAAAUACUAGAGAACCUUCUGUAUCCAGCAAUGUGGAAGAGAGACCCCUAGAUUCACUGUUCGUUUCCUCACCUUGCUGCUGUUUAAUGAGACUUUGUUCCUCCAUAGAAGGGGACCGCUUUGCCGGGUGCUGCUUGCGUGCUCUAACCGACCUGUGUCACUUAUGUCAUGAGACGAAUCCUCACUCCCAAGGCGCUGCUGCAACUCCUCUCAGGUAGAGAUGAGGAAAGGGACCUUCUGUCGCUUGUCUCAUGAACAUCUUUCAAAUAGCCUCAGCAUAUGUACUCUGAGCUUGGCUCAGCUGCGGGAAGGAGUCCUCUAAAAAGAGCCACUUUCUAGCCUGGCAGAAAGCAACUCUGGCUUCAUGGUUUGUCCUCUCUGCUGUAGGUGAAUGGGCCCUGUUAGAAUGCAGCUGCUGUAGGUGUGCAUGCUCAGGCUUGCUUUAGGAUAGGCCAAACUCCCAAGAACGGACUCCGUGGGGAUGAGACAGCAUGUUGCCCUGCAUGGUACUUCUCUGUCACUUUGCCACUCCUGCAAGAGGCUAGGGGCUGGCUCGCUCAGCACGUGAGUGCAGCGUGUGUGCACUCCACGAGGGCCUAAGCCCUAAAAGCCCCUUUCAGGGGUAUAGGGCUGUCCGGCACCUCCUCCCUGCUUGAGCAGGCUUGCUUUGUAUUGAACGUGCUAAUUCUAAAGACCAAAUAUUCUCACUGGCACCUGGUGCAAAGGGGAGGGAACUAUUUUUGAAGGAAUUCUUUUUAAAUAGAAGGUUGCAACUUCUGCUGAGUGCUCUUCCCCACCGGGGGGGAGGAGUCUAGACUUGUGCCUAUCCCAGACAUUUUGAGACAAAUGUUUAACUUUCUUUAGAGCACUUUCCUCCCCGCCCUUGUUUUCUAGGAAUGCAUUUCUAAAGACAGGCCCUACAGUGGAUUUUGUUGAAAGUCAGAUAAUGAACCUGUUGAAAGUUGCCCCUGGUGGUUGAAGGCUGAUUUUUAUUUUGCACGGGGGCAGAAGAGAAACUGCCUGCACGCACAGGAGUGCGAGAAGUAUGAACGUGUAAGGAACUCAAAGCUCUGAGAAGCAGUAGGGGGAAGUAGGCCUACAGGAGCCAUGCAGCUGAGGCCUUGCCUACAGCGGGAACUUGACCAGAAUAGCUAAACCUGAAUAAGCUAUUCUGAAAUAGCUCCCCCCUGUGAACACUUCUAGGACAAGUCUAUGCUACUGCACUGCAUUGGCACAGCAGCACAUCUGGAGAAGACACGCUAUGCCAACAGGACAGCGUUCUCCCAUCAGCAUAAUUACUCAGUCACCGCGAGAAACAGAAGCUACAUCUCCCACCAACAGCGUGCGGGGUGGAGAGUGCUUAAGUUAAUGUAACUCAUGUUGCUUUGGGGGUUCGGGGGGGGAGGAGGUAUCUUUUUCACACCCUUGAGCGAUUUAAGUUACAUUGACUUACAGCUUUAGUGUAGACCAGUCUCUCAAAUGUCUUUAAUUCCAGAAUUACUGUUUUGUGAGGGGAAUGAUUAUUCCAGAACAGAGUAUCCAGCUGGAGGGUUAUUCCAGGGAGUUCAGUUUCUCCCCUAGACAAGGGCUGAGAGAAGGGGUGCCCCGUAAGCAGCACCCCUUCCCCCCAAAACACAUUGGGCACAAUUGAACAGGGAGGAAAGUGCUUAUGUUCUGCUUCCUGAGUGAGAAUUAGCCAUAUUAGCAUAAUCAGAUUCCCAGCAGGGCUUUUACCAGGAUAACAAUCUUGGUACAAAACCCACACCCUUACCUGAAGUAGUUCUACUAGUGCAAAAAGCCUUUAGGGCAGGCCUCCAUCCUUGUGCGAUGGUCACAGGCGGGAGAUUGGCUUCUGCUCGAAAAAUCACAAGCAGCCAGUCUCUCAGGUCUCAGUGCAUGACGAAAGGGUACAGUUGCAUUCUUUCCCCCCUGACUGUCCCUUCCAGUCCAGUUUGUGUGGCAGCUUCCACCUCUUGCAGCCAAACUCUCAUGCAGAAUAACAGGUAGAGAAACUCUUGGGGGAGUGGCUUGAAUUAAAAAAAACAAACCCCACAGCUCUUAUAACCAUUACCACUUCCCCCCGCAGCUGUAGUUCUAGUCAGAAGGGGAGACAGCUGCACGUUAAUGACAUGAUACAGACAAGAGGCUUUGAUACCAAGUCAAGAUGCAUUUUAUUUACAGGGGCAGCCACAAUCCACUAAUGGGAAUACACAGAUUUUACAAAGUUGGAACUACCUGUACAGGAUGGAUUACAUAUGCAAAAAUAAAAAUUUCAAGACCACA